UUUGGGGUGGGGAGUUGUGCUGCAGGGAAUCCAGCCAGGCCCCAAGAUGGACACUUCUGGGCACUUCCAUGACUCCGGGGUGGGGGACCUGGAUGAAGACCCCAAGUGCCCCUGUCCGUCCUCCGGGGAUGAGCAGCAGCAGCAGCAGCCGCCGGCGCCACCAGCACCAGCACCACCAGCAGCCCCCCAGCAGCCCCCAGGACCCCCGUUGCAGCCUCAGCCUCCGCAGCUUCAGCAGCAGCAGCAGCAGCAGCAGCCACCGCAUCCCCUGUCUCAGCUCGCCCAACUCCAGAGCCAGCCCAUCCACCCUGGCCUGCUACACUCCUCUCCCACUGCUUUCAGGGGCCCCCCUUCAUCCAACUCCACCGCCAUCCUCCACCCUUCCUCCAGGCAAGGCAGCCAGCUCAAUCUCAAUGACCACUUGCUUGGCCACUCUCCAACUUCCACAGCCACAAGUGGGCCUGGUGGAGGCGGCCGGCACCGGCAGGCCAGCCCCCUGGUGCACCGGCGGGACAGCAACCCCUUCACAGAGAUCGCCAUGAGCUCCUGCAAGUACAGCGGCGGGGUCAUGAAGCCCCUCAGCCGCCUCAGCGCCUCCCGGAGGAACCUCAUCGAGGCUGAGCCCGAGGGCCAGCCCCUCCAGCUCUUCAGCCCCAGCAACCCCCCGGAGAUCGUCAUCUCCUCCCGGGAGGACAACCAUGCCCACCAGACCCUGCUCCAUCACCCCAAUGCUGCCCACAACCACCAGCACGCCGGCGCCACCGCCAGCAGCACCACCUUCCCCAAAGCCAACAAGCGGAAAAACCAAAACAUUGGCUAUAAGCUGGGACACAGGAGGGCCCUGUUUGAAAAGAGGAAGCGACUGAGUGACUAUGCUCUGAUUUUUGGGAUGUUUGGAAUUGUUGUUAUGGUGAUAGAGACCGAGCUCUCUUGGGGUUUGUACUCAAAGGAUUCCAUGUUUUCGUUGGCCCUGAAAUGCCUUAUCAGUCUGUCCACCAUCAUCCUUUUGGGUUUGAUCAUCGCCUAUCACACACGUGAAGUCCAGCUCUUCGUGAUCGACAAUGGUGCAGACGACUGGCGGAUAGCCAUGACCUACGAGCGCAUCCUCUACAUCAGCUUGGAGAUGCUGGUGUGCGCCAUCCACCCCAUUCCUGGCGAGUACAAGUUCUUCUGGACGGCGCGCCUGGCCUUCUCCUACACACCCUCGCGGGCGGAGGCCGACGUGGACAUCAUCCUGUCCAUCCCGAUGUUCCUGCGCCUGUACCUGAUCGCCCGCGUCAUGCUACUGCACAGCAAGCUCUUCACCGACGCCUCGUCCCGCAGCAUCGGGGCCCUCAACAAGAUCAACUUCAACACGCGCUUCGUCAUGAAGACCCUCAUGACCAUCUGCCCUGGCACCGUGCUCCUCGUGUUCAGCAUCUCACUGUGGAUCAUCGCUGCCUGGACCGUCCGCGUCUGCGAAAGGUACCAUGACCAGCAGGACGUAACUAGUAACUUUCUGGGUGCCAUGUGGCUCAUCUCUAUCACAUUCCUUUCCAUUGGUUAUGGGGAUAUGGUGCCCCACACAUACUGUGGGAAAGGUGUCUGUCUUCUCACGGGCAUCAUGGGUGCGGGCUGUACUGCCCUGGUGGUGGCCGUGGUGGCCCGAAAGCUGGAACUCACCAAAGCAGAGAAGCACGUUCACAACUUCAUGAUGGACACUCAGCUCACCAAACGGAUCAAGAAUGCUGCAGCCAAUGUCCUUCGGGAAACGUGGCUAAUCUAUAAACACACAAAGCUGCUAAAGAAGAUUGACCACGCCAAAGUCAGGAAACACCAGAGGAAGUUCCUCCAAGCAAUCCACCAACUGAGGAGCGUCAAGAUGGAGCAGAGGAAGCUGAGUGACCAAGCCAACACCCUGGUGGACCUUUCCAAGAUGCAGAACGUCAUGUAUGACUUAAUCACAGAACUCAAUGAUCGGAGCGAAGAUCUGGAGAAACAAAUCGGCAGUCUGGAGUCUAAGCUGGAGCACCUCACCGCCAGCGUCAAUUCCCUGCCCCUGCUCAUCGUGGACACCCUGCGCCAGCAGCAGCGGCAGUUCCUGUCUGCCCUCACGGAGGCCCGGGGCGUCAGCGUGGCAGUGGGCACCACCCACACCCCACUCUCCGACAGCCCAAUCGGGGUGCCUCUACUCGGGAGCAGGAAGAGGAGAUGACAGGAAACGACGCCUCUGGUAGGGCCCUUGCGGCACAGUUGGUGGAGAACAGACACCCACGUUCAAUCUCAGGUCUUCACGUGGGGGGGUGGGAGUUCAGAUGCACUGAAGUAGCCGGCAGUGAAGCCAGCCCGGAGGAGGAUCCCGUGGGGGGAGGGCGUGGUGUCAGGCUUGGGGGAUGGUUUCCUCACCCCGGGGUCCUCCAGCCCACCUGUCUGCGUUCCUUCUGUCUAAGGAAGCCCCUGGAUGACAAAGUAAGGAAGAGCUGCCCACAGCUUUUGCCAAGACAGACAUGCUUUCCUGCCAUCCCUCGCACAGUCAUAAAACAAAAUUUAGACUGAAAGAAAAAAAAAAAUAGACAAAUAAAAAGCCAGACUUUCCAUCCAAUAUUAAUACCCAUAUAAACCCGUGUAUUUGCAAGCGUGUGCAUGUACACACACAUAUACACAUCCCACAGUCAACCCAGGUCUUUUCCGGUUUGCACUUGACCCAAAUAAAGAGGGACCUGGUACCUUACCCUGCACACAGUAGGCACUCUCUAAAUGCACGUUGAGUUGGUCUGAAUCGGGAUGUGGGUGCUGUCAGUUCAGGUAGUUUGCCAGUGUCGGCCAUGUCCUGAGCUUCACUGAAGAUGCAGGUUGCUUCAAACACAAAACAGGGUGCUUUGCCCUGGGUAUGCACCAUGCUUGCUCUGAGAUGAAUGACAAGCCAAAAUUGGCAUUCUGGAGAGAUAAGCAGCCUUCUAAAAAUAACAGCUUCUGCAGAGUUUUCAUCUUAUAUCCAAACAAGCUGUGUUCCACUGGAGCGCAUGAUCAGGUGUAUGUGUGUGAGGGAAGGGGUGCGGGAUCUGUGCAUGCGUGCACACACAUGCACCAACAGGUGCGACCCCAGGACACCUGCAUGAAUAGAAGUAUUGUCUGGGGGGUUUGCUCAGUGAUAUUUAUCCAGCAACAGGUUUACAGCCCCAGAUGUUAGGAGCGCAAAGGGGUCAAGUGCCUCACCUGAGAGCUGGGAGAAGCGAUGGUGAGUGGCCCAGCUGGUCCCUUCUACCUGACCUAAAACCACCUCAAAGUGUAAGGCGAUGAGGAUAAAGGGAGCCUUUAGGGAACCCUGUGGGUAAGAUAAGGUGACACGGAUUUGUCAGUAUCCUGUUCCUGCUGUGCCACAUUAAUCCUGGUGCAGAAACUAUUGUAAUACAUCU